UGUCAUUGGAAUAAUGAUAUUUAAAUGUAUUAAUGAGAGCAGAAAGUAAUUCUAAUAUCUUUUUAUUGCUCAAUGUUUUGCUUUUGAAAUGGCCAUCAAGAAAUUUAAGAAUCAAAGUUAUCGAAAAUUAAAGAAACGAUGUCAAUCGGAAGGAAAACUGUUUGUGGAUCCAGAAUUUCCUCCUGAGGUGAAAUCUAUGUAUUAUAGUCGGUCUAUGGCUCCUGAUCAAGUCGAGUGGAAAAGGCCUAAGGAAAUCUGUGCUCCCGAAGACCCUCAUUUGUUUGUGAGUGGUAUAGAUUCAAAAGAUGUUACUCAAGGAAAAUUGGGUAAUUGUUGGUUUGUUGCUGCAUGUGGCUUAGUUGCCCAAGAAGCAAUGUUUUGGCGAAAGGUGAUUCCAGCAAACCAAGAGUGGGAUUCAACUAAACCAAAUGAGUAUCAAGGAAUUUUCAGAUUUCGUUUUUGGCGAUUUGGUCAGUGGUUUGAAGUUGUUGUUGAUGACCUUCUGCCAACCAUCAAUGGCCAACUUGUUUAUGUACAUUCCACUGCAAAAAAUGAAUUCUGGAGUGCUCUUGUAGAAAAGGCUUAUGCAAAGAUUAAUGGUUGUUAUGAAGUUUUGGAAGGAGGAAAUACUGCUGAUGCUUUAGCAGAUUUCACUAGUGGAUUGGCUGAGCCUAUAGAUAUUGUUGAUGGUGGAUUUAGUUCUGACAAUGAUAAGAAAAUGCAACUGUUUAGAGAACUAUCUGAUUCUAUGAGAAAUGAACAUGCUCUUAUUAGCGCCUCAAUAAAGACAAAAGAUGCAUCAGAGGUUGAGAAACGUACUGAAAAUGGUUUAGUUAUUGGUCAUGCUUAUGGUGUUACUUCUUUGAAGAGGAUAAGUCUUGGGGAAGGAUUUCUUAAUUUAUUUAAUCGUCAUUAUUUGUACAUGAUUCGAUUGCGCAACCCUUGGGGACAAAAAGAAUGGAAGGGACCUUGGAGUGAUGGUUCCUCUGAGUGGAAUAAAUUGAAAAAAAGUGACAGAGAGAAAUUAGGAAUUGUCUUCGAGGAGGAUGGAGAAUUCUGGAUGUCUUUUGAUGAUUUCGUUGAAUAUUUCACAACCGUUAACGUUUGCCUUGUUCCCAAUACAAGAACUUUGAGUAUUCGUAAAACUUGGCGAGCAGUCACUUUCAAAGGUUUUUGGAAAAUCAAUUCAUCUGCGGGAGGGUGUAUAAAUAAUAAAAACACUUUCUUUCAGAACCCACAGUACGCAUUUAACAUCCAAGAUGAGAAGCAUCAACAUUGUAUGAUUGCAUUACAACAAAAGGACAUUAGACCCGAGAAAUCUAAAGGAAAAGAAGCCCUUACAAUUGGAUUUUUUAUCAUGCGAGUUGAGGUAAACCGCAUGUAUCGUCUUCAUAGUUCAAUGGAAAAGGCUGCUUCAUCAAUAUUUAUCAAUUCUCGUGAAGUGUUUGAAAAAUUGGAGUUACAUCCUGGGCGUUAUGUCAUUUUUCCAUCAACAUUUGACCCUAAUAAUGAAGGAGAGUUCAUGUUGCGAAUUUAUACCGAGAAGAAAGCAAAUGCCAAAGAACUAACUCGUCAUCAUGACAAAGCUCAUCCUAUUUUAUGCUGUAUACCAAAAUAUGGUACUCCAUCAGCUGUGCUGUCUGUAACCGUUGUCAGCGGUAGCGGCUUAAAAAAAAUGAGCAGGUUUGGAGUAGGUGCGGAUCCUUACUGUAUCAUCAGAUGUGAUGGCAGAAAGGCGACAACACCUGUACAGAAUGACACUUUAAAUCCUAAGUUUAAUGCUGGUGGUUUAUUCUAUGUGAGAAACACUAACGGUGAAAUAAAAAUUGAUGUUUACGACAGCAACGUGUUUUGGGACAGCUUUAUGGGACGAGUAACUAUCCCUAUUGAUGUGUCCAACAACAUUCUUCAACAUUCUUUAAAGUUGAAAGGAAAAGGACGACAUUCUCGAGAAGAAAUGCCUGGUACUCUGAUCGUAAAGAUAGCUUGCUAUGCUGACUUAAAAGCGAUUUGAUUUCUUAAUCUUUUUGAUGUACAUUUCGCUCUUUUUGAUAACCUUGAUAGUAUAUUUAAUAUUUAUAUAGCAUUACACAGCCUUUCUGACCUAACUCUUAUCACUCUGGUCAACAAUUUUUGUCCCCCAGCCUACUGUCGCCAUUACAUCAUGGUAUCUUUGUGGAUGAAAAGUUAAAAAAAAUCCAUGUUAAUAUGUGUUAAUGUCUUCAUCUAUUGGCCUAUUAAAUCUUGCCAUAUAACUAUUCUUUAAUUAUAUACAAUACUACGGGACACGUCCCCUCCCUGUUAUAGAUUUCUAAAAGAGGCUCUGAUAUAAAAGCUUUUAUAAAGAAUUAAUCCAUUAAAAUAGUUUUGUCAAAUGUAA